AGGGGGGCCAGAAAGCCGCCAUUUUUGUAACUACCCCCAAGCGGUCGCUUUCCGCAAAAUCGCCAUCUUGUCGUGUUCAACGUCACGGAACUAUCGCCCAAUCACAUCUCGGCUUGGCUUGUUUUCUUUAUUAUGUUUUGUUUCUCCGUCUCAGCUGAUCCGUGUCAUCUGCUUCGCCGCUUUCGACGUCCGCUUUGACUUCGCGUGUUUGGCUAUUGAAUUGCGUUUGCUUGCCACACAUGCCACUUCUGUGACAGGCCAUGGUAGUGUGUUGUUAUUCCGGUUGCGCUAAUCGUUCAGAGUUUGCAAGUAAAGAAUCUGGCAUAACGUACCACCACUUUCCCCGAGACGAGUCCUUACGAUUGCAAUGGGUGAAUGCGAUCGGGAGACCGGAUUGGGUGCCAACGAAGUACAGCCGAGUGUGCUCAAAACACUUCAGGAACGAGGACUUCGACAGAACGUCGCUAACACGCGUGCGCCUGCGGGAGGGUUCCGUUCCUGUCGCACAUCCGUCGGUUCAAGUUCACCAGGAGGAGCAUGACUUGCCAGCCAGACGGGAACCUAGCGGGCAAGAACCAAUAGGCGUGUGCACGCCUGAACCCGGCACGAGCAACGUGAGCCUGCCUGAGCCUGACACACAGGAGGAGAUUGAAGUGAGCAUGGCGUCUGGAUCUGACACUCAAGAGCCAAUGGAUGUGGGCCUGCUCGAACCAAAGACACCAGAGCGAAUCCAUGUAGACAGAACUACAAGCACACCUCUUGCGUCUGCUGUGUCCAGCCCCACACCAGCCAAGGCUUCCAGCAGUAUCAGUUCCGACACACCAGGGCGAUUUGAACAGUCGCGCACGGGCUCUUCCGCUUGUCUGUUCACAAGCUUGACUCCGAACACUAGCAGGCCUGACCCCAUGGACACAACCCCCAGUGGCUCAACUCCAAGCACCAGCAGAUGUGAACCUUUGGUAAGAAUUAUACUCGACGUGGAAAAGAAUUGCAUGUUCAUAACUAAUACGUUAAGAUUCCACUGUAGGUGCUGACUGCACCAUUCAAGUAUAUGUUCCAGGAGCAGGCUUUCAAAUACCUUAUUUCAUACAGUACAGGUGCAUAAGGGAAAACCAGUUAGACUUGAGCAUACAGUUUAAACAUAUUAUUGCCCCUUUCACGGCUACA